AUGCGUUUCCUAUUGUCACACGUAACAGCCCGGACAUGUGCCAGGCCCACCCUGAUACCCCAGGUACGGCUAACUAGUACCGUGUCGGACUUGAACCCAACCAUUUACGCACUCUCGACUCGACCUGGCCGGUCGGCAAUCGCAGUGGUGAGAAUCACCGGAUCUCAAUCAAAACACAUUUUCAACAAAUUGACUUGUCAUGGGACUACAGGUAACCAGAAGUUGCCCCCACACAGAUUGGCUAGUGUUAGGAAAUUGUACGCAGCUCCUCCUUCUCCUCCUCAACAAUCCGAACCGGUGCGGUUGACUGGACCGGCUUCCGAUCUGACCACCCUCGGAAUUCAAGCUGCGAAACCCCGACUCCUUGAUGAAGCACUUGUAAUCUUUGGUCAAGGGCCAAAGACUUACACCGGAGAAGACAUUCUAGAACUUCAUCUCCAUGGAGGUACAGCCAUCGUACAGUCUGUCCUUUCCUCCGUGGGGGCGCUCCAUCAACCGGAACUCGGGAUCAAUGUGCGGUAUGCAGAACACGGCGAGUUUCUGAAACGAGCCUUCCUUAACGGUCGGGUGGACCUCACCACUCUUGAAGGGGUUAGAGAGAUGAUUGAUGCUGAGACGGAGUCGCAGAGAGUCGCGGCUCUUUCCUCCAUGACCGGGGACACGCGUCGUGUAUUUUCCAAAUGGAGAGACACCAUCGUGCACAACGUGGCGUUGUUGACCACCGUCAUUGAUUUUGGGGAGGACCACGACCUCGACGAGGUUGCUGAGCUUUUCGCCGUCGUUGACCGCAACAUGCACGUGCUCGCGCACGAGAUCGACGAGUACUUGCACCGGGUGACCCGGUCUGCCAUCCUCCUCAGGGGAGUGAAGUUAGCCCUCCUUGGGCCACCCAACGCCGGGAAAUCCUCCUUACUCAACCGUUUGGCCAACCAUGAGUCUGCCAUUGUCAGCGACAUGGCCGGCACCACGCGUGAUGUCCUUGACGUCCCUCUUGACAUCGGCGGCUACAAGGUUGUUGUCGGGGACACUGCCGGUGUGCGAGACCUUGAGUCUGCCUCAGACCCGGUGGAACGCGAAGGGAUCCGCCGGGCCAAGCUCAAGUCGUUGUCGGUGGACCUUGUUCUUGUGGUGUUACCCCUUGACCAACCAGUGGAUGCUACCAUUGUCGAGCACCUCAAAGCCCUUCAAGCAGAGGGUAAGAGGAUCCUUGUGGUCUUGAACAAGGAGGAUCUCCUUUCUCUGGAGCACCGCUCGACCUUCCUCGAGCAGUAUGCAGCCUCCAUGAACCUCCCACAGUCUUCGUUCCACGUGGUGUCGUGCACAUCCGGGACCGGACUUGCCGAUCUCACCCAUGCACUCACGUCGACUUUCAAAGAGCUUUCUCUCACCGAGUCUUCCGACCCGAUCACCAUCUCGGCACGUGCCCAGGAUCUUCUCCGUCACGACGUACUCCAGGGAAUCUCGCAAUUCCACAUGUGGAAGGAGGCUGACGACGUCGUCCUUGCAGCUGAGUCGUUACGCCAGGCCGUCGAGGGCAUAGGUAAGAUCACCGGGGAAGCCGUUGGCAUUGAAGAAGUUCUUGGCGUUGUGUUCUCGUCCUUUUGCAUUGGGAAGUAAGUUCCCCUCCGUACCCUACCAGGAAUGUCUCCUAGGGAGGAGCGUCGCCACUCGUACGACGCUCCGCUGGCCCCUGCCCGGGGAGGGCCACUGGCGUGGGGCCUGGCUCCUCUGCGAGGAGACUCCCCAUACACCAUUCCUCGUUAGAGGAAGGAAGCCCCCACGGCUAGUGGCCCACGGAGUGCCAGCGGAGCGGCUCGCAGACCGCGUACGGAAAUAUAGUCCUAUCCCUCGGGGAGGAGUAAGACGCUCCGCUGGCCCCUACCCGGGGAGGGCCACUGGCGUGGGGCCUGGCUCCUCUACGAGGAGACGUUGGCAACCAAAAUUCCUCGUCAGAGGAAGAAGGCCUCCACGGCUAGUGGCCCACGGAGUGCCAGCGGAGCGGCUUGCUCCCCCGGAGGGCUAGGUCACUUUCUUCCCUCGAGGCGGUGUAAGCCCUUGUGCUGGCCCCCUGCACGGGGAGGUCCACUGACGGACUCCCCCACUGUAAAUAGUCUACAUACAUCCGUC